UGUGAAUAUCAGACCCUCCAAAUAAUAACACUGACUGACUGUCAUAGAGGUACUCCUGUCUUCGCAUAGGUCGGCGGGCUUCGGCUUUGCUUCAUUGCUCAUCAGAUGCUAGUACACAUCGGUAGUUAACAUCGUUAUCAAACCGACAGUUUUUCUUUUUUGCCAUAAAAUGGAAUAUCUGCUCCAGGUGAAAAUAGGCGCUCUGAUCGGUUUGUUGUUGUUAACUCUUCUUUUUGGAUUCAUUCCUGCGCGGGUCAAAUGGUUCAGAGACACGAACGGGACAGAACAGCACCGCACAGCUCUGAGUCUGAUCAGCUGUUUUGCCGGAGGGGUUUUCCUGGCAGCAUGUCUGCUCGACAUCAUUCCAGAUUAUCUGUCAGAUAUCAGCGCUGAGCUGGAUGUUCGGAAGGUGGAGACCAGUUUCCCCUUUCCAGAGUUCAUCAUGGCUGCCGGCUUCUUCAUGGUCCUCAUUCUGGAGAGGAUUGUCCUGAACUGUCAAGAGAUUAGAGGGACUCAACAGGAGACGACGCCCCUCAUACAGGACAACAGAAAUGGGCACGGCCACGGCCAUGGCCACGCCACGAGCCCUGAUCUGGAGAGCAGCGGUCAGCAUGUCCAUGUUGAUCUUCAGGCUCACUCCCCCUUUCGUUCCUUCAUCCUCUUCCUCUCCCUCUCGCUCCACUCGAUUUUUGAAGGUCUUGCUAUCGGCCUGCAGAGCACCGACUCAAAGGUGUUAGAGAUCUGCAUCGCUAUACUUGUCCACAAGAGCAUCAUAGUUUUCAGUCUGUCUGUGAAGCUGGUCCAGAGUGCAGUUCGCCCAUUAUGGAUGGCUGCUUACAUCGUGGUGUUCGCCUUGAUGUCACCCAUAGGCAUCGCCAUCGGCAUCGGCGUGAUGGAGGCUCAGCUGGCGUCCGGAGCUCUAAUCCAGGCCAUCCUGGAGGGUCUCGCCGCAGGGACGUUUGUUUACAUCACCUUCCUCGAGAUCCUCCCGCAUGAGCUCAACUCCCCCGGGAAGCAGCUGGUCAAGGUGAUCUUCAUCCUGCUGGGCUUCAGCGUCAUGGCAGGUCUGACAUUUGUGGGCUGAGACUGAUACAAGUUGUCGUUUCAUUUGGCAUAUUUGUCAGGAUGCGGCCUGCAUGCUUUGUGCCAACUACUGCAGAUUGCACGAGUUUGCGAGCGGCUUUUGUACAGACAGGCAAAUUGCCUGAGAAAA